AUGGUUGCAGUCAGGUUUCACCAGUACCAGGUGGUAGGAAGGGCUCUUCCUACCGAAUCCGAUGAACAUCCUAAGAUCUAUCGCAUGAAACUCUGGGCCACCAACGAGGUCCGUGCCAAAUCCAAGUUCUGGUAUUUCUUGAGAAAGUUGAAGAAGGUCAAGAAAAGCAAUGGACAAAUGCUAGCAAUCAAUGAGAUUUUUGAGAAGAAUCCUACCAAGAUUAAGAACUACGGAAUAUGGCUGCGUUAUCAGAGUCGUACUGGUUAUCACAACAUGUACAAGGAAUACCGUGAUACGACUCUGAAUGGUGGUGUUGAGCAAAUGUACAAUGAAAUGGCAUCUCGUCAUAGGGUGAGGCAUCCAUGCAUCCAGAUAAUUAAGACUGCCACCAUCCCUGCCAAGCUGUGCAAAAGGGAGAGCACCAAGCAGUUUCACAAUUCUAAAAUCAAGUUCCCUUUGGUCUUCAAGAAGGUUAGGCCCCCAUCUAGGAAGCUCAAGACAACAUACAAGGCAUCCAGGCCAAACCUGUUUAUGUGA